AUGGCUGAGGCGCGAUACCACUUGAUCCGGGACUUUGUCUUCCAGGACGGCACGGUGCUGCCGUCGGUCUCGGUGGCGUACCGGGACAGCGAUCCAUCGGGGACGCGGACCAAGACAGCGCUGGUGGUGACGCACUUCCGGGGCCGUCUGCCGACGGUGUGCACGUUCUCGUCAGGGCCUCUGACGGCGCUACGUGAGCACCGGGUGAUCACGGUGGCGCUGUUCGGCAACGGCGAGUCGGCCGGGCCGUCAAAUACGCCGGGCUUUCCGCAGGCGACAGCCGAGUACCGCGACUGCGUGCGGGCACAGCACGACCUGCUGGUGGCCCUGGGUGUGGCCGAGCUCGACGUCGUCAUCGGCUUCUCGAUGGGUGGCCAGACGGCCUAUCACUGGGCGCUGAUGCACCCGCAGAUGGUCCGACACAUUGUCGUGAUCUGCUCAUCGGCCCGCACCAGCCGCCACAACCACCAGUUCCUCGAAGGUCCACGGGCCGCGCUCGAGAACGCGGCCGACUACGUGCCCAUGACGCAGCGCCAGGUCGAUACGCCGCCGUGUCGCCGCGGACUGCACGCCUUUGGCAAGGCCUACUCGGCCUGGCUCGCUAGCGCCGACUGGUUCGACCAGGAACUCUACCGCGCACUUGGCUUCGACAGCCUCGCCGCCUGGGACCACGUCUUCACCGGCGCCAACUACGAUGGAUGGGACCCUGAUGACCUGCUCACGCAGCUCGGCAUCUGGCAGCGCGGCGAUGUCACCGUGCUCGCGGACCCCGUCGACGGCCGGCCCCCGUCACUGCAGGACACCCUGGCCCGCAUCCAAACGCCCGUGCUGCUGCUGCCCAGCCGCAGCGACCAGUACUUCCGCUGGGAGGCGGCCGAGCGCGAGUCCCGCUGGCUGCCCCGGGCUACCCUCCAGGUCAUCCCGUCGGUCUGGGGACACAUGGCUGGCAUCGGAGCCAACCCAGUGGACGCGCAGUUUAUAGACCAGCAGAUCAUGGCUUUUCUGGCGGAGAAAUAG